UCUGUCGCUUCAUUGAUGUCGUUCUCGUCUUCUGUCGUCGCAAACUAGAAUCCUUUUGAUCUGUAAAUUGUGUGAUUUGAAGAUGUUUUAUUAUUUGUUUUCUUUCUUUUUCUCCGCCGUCUUCUACAAUAAGUUUUACUCUAACCUUUAAAUCUUCUAUAAUUGGUCUAGGACCCUAAGGAAGGUGAGUGGUUAUGCCAGAAGGAUGCCGUCGUCGUCGCGGUCGAGGGGCUCCGGGCGCGGGCCGGACGGCGCGCCACGGGCCCAAGUCAUAGCGCCCAUGUCGGAGCGGCAACAGUUGGCCCUAGUGAUGCAGAUGUCAUCGCAAGAUGCUCCUCCAGCCGCUCCGACUCCAGCUGAAGAGAGGAAGCGCACAAGGCAGCAAAGAAAUGAACGAGGAGAGACACCACUGCACGUAGCUGCCAUCAAGGGAGAUCAUGAUCAAGUCAAAAAGCUACUGGAUCAAGGUCAAGAUCCAGAUGUGCCUGAUUUUGCUGGAUGGACUCCACUUCAUGAGGCGUGCAGCUACGGUUGGCACCCUGUGGUAGUUGUACUCGUAAACGGUGGUGCCAACGUCAAUGCGAAGGGUUUGGACGACGAUACGCCACUGCACGACGCUACAACGUCUGGAAACCUUAAAAUGGUCAAGUUCCUUGUUGAACAUGGGGCUGAUCCAUUUGUCAAGAAUAAAAAGGGGAAAAUGCCUUCUGAUUACGCUGCACCGGACAUCUUUGAAUAUCUGGAGUCGCUAAAAGGUAUUCUGCCUCGAUCGAAACGCAAACGUGUGACGUUUCGUGACAAUAACAGUAGAGCGUCUCACGUCGGCCGAGCAAGGGAUGACAGCAACAAAAAGGGUUGCAAUGCAAACAGCGAUAGCAGCAAACGAAACAAUAUGGAGGGCCUAGCGCAGGGCGAUCAUUUCGAGGGCAAGGAAACCUCGCAAGAGAAGGGGUCUGCUUCAGAAAACAGGGAUGACGGCGCACAACUUAGCAGUGGGGUGGUAUCGUCCACCCAGGAUGAAGGAAGUGGAAGUUCAAAAAGGACACAUGAAGACAAUCAGGAGGCUGAUGCCGCAGAGGACGAUGUUUCAAAAAGAAAGAAACGGAAAGACAAUGACGACAAAGAGCCCAUGGGAAAACCAGCCCCUGUAGCGAGGGGCGGACCAGGAAGGGUACUAACUGGUAGUAAGCCUCCUGGUCCAGCAAGCAAGACAGGAGCUUCCCCGUUGGGCAAAAGUGGCGGUAAUCAAGGCAGCAGCAAGGGAGCAGGCUCCUCAGGGAAGGGUAGUCAGCAAUCGCAGGGGAAAGGUUCGGGGUCGAAAGGCAGUUCACAAGGCUCUCACCAGGGAAAGUCCUCUGGAUCAAAGGGAGCGUCAUCGCAAUCCGGCAAACAAGACAGGAAGAGCCCUGUUGCUAGUCCGAAGCCAAAUCAAAACAAAGACUGUGGGGAUGGAGAUGGAGACGAUCACAAGGCUCCAGAGUUGAGCGCGCCCAAGGUCCCGCCUCUGAAGAUCGUGAUACCAGGCGGCAGCGGAUCCGGCGGUCGCGAACAAGAGGGUGAAGGUGGUACAGGUCAGAGAGGAAGCGGGAAGGGUCGCGGCAGUGUGUCCACGUUGCCGUACGUUAUCCCGUGUACGAGCGCCGACGCGGGACAGACGUCGGACAGCUCUGACGGCACUGUAGAAGAGAAGCGGCCCGUCGACACCGGCAAGGCUGGGCAAAGAGUCCUCCGUUCGCACAGGACGAAUGACGGAGAGAAGGACAAGGAACGGACGUCCCCUCAGACAGGGACGGACAGUCGAUCCGGAUCAGGGCAGAAUCAGUCUUCUUUGAAUUCCAACAAGAGCCCGCCACCUUCGGGCUCUGCCCAGGACGGCGACCAUCCGUCAACGUCUUCGGGGAGCCGAUCAGAGAAUGCUGGAGCGUCAGUAGAACUCCACCCUAGAAAGAGGAAGAUCAAAGCCUCCAAAGACCAUUCCCGUGGUGAAUCAUCCAAGAACGAAUCGGCUUCGGAAACCAGCAGUGCGGCCCACAACGUUACCCAUUCGAAUCCGUAUCAAAUGUAUAUACACAUACGGAAACAGAUUGAUCGCCGUCAGAGAGCUUUGUUCCCGGUGAAGCCCAAACCACCAAAGGACUUCAACAAGUAUUUGAUGAAUAGAUGCACAUAUACACUACAAAGCAACGUUAAUCCUGAGCCCGCAGUCGAAAUUCCCAUUAAUUUGCCACAACAAAUGGUGAAUGAAUUUAUGACACAGGAAAAAGAAAGAACUCGCCUGCGUAUCCAACAUCUAGUAGAAAAGGAGAAACUUGUGCUAGCCGUCGAACAAGAAAUACUUCGCGUUCACGGGCGCGCCGAACGCGCUGUGGCAAAUCAGGCUCUUCCUUUCUCUGUGUGUACAAUGCUGCGUGACAAAGAAGUGUAUAAUGUAUUGGCUCCAGAGCAGGAGGAAAAACGCAAUGCGCAGCGCUCCCGGUGUAACGGCAGACAGAUCAACUCGUGGCUACAAGAAGUGGACGAUAAAUGGGAGAAGAUCAAAGAAGGGAUGCUUCGACGGCAGCACACGGAAGCAGAGACGUUACACGCAGUCCAGACGAUGGGGUGGGAGUGGAAGCUGAAGGAAUUGGGCAUCUGUGAUUACAAGACGACGCCCAAAAUAGACCCAUCGCAUGUGCCACAAAUUCACGUGUCGAAUUUUGACUUGCCCGCUUGAAUUUUCAGUUCAUAUUGCCUGUGUUAAUGUAACGUCAGUCCUAACCGACUGGCAUAAUCUGAACUAUUUUUUAGUUGUGUGAAAUGUGAUCUAAAUCUCUAUUAUAACAUCAAUUGGUGAUACGACUCAAGCGGAGCUACAAAAUUGGAUUAUAAAACUCUAAAUUUUUCGACCUCGGUCGAGCCUUUAUUCUCCCGCGCCCCGUCUCCCGGCAACCCGUGAUUCUGGACUAUAUGCCAAACUUUUUAUCUUUUGUUUUAUGAAUCAUUCGUUUUCGGGAGGUGGACGUAAAAAAAAAUUAAAGUCCAUGGCUGACGUUUUAGUCUCUAAUAUGGGUUUAUUUGUUACACCAUAUUUUUGCUGUGCCGUUUCACUUUUAAGCGAUUUUUUUUAGUUUGUCCAAAUUAUUUAUAUAUUUUUUUCAAUCUUUAAAAUAUAAUUUAUGUAUUUGACAUAAAACAUUUUUUUUUCAAUCUUUAAAAUAGAAUUUAUUUAUUUGACAUAAAAUUUAUUUCACCAUUUCAAUUUUAGUGUCCUCGGAUUAUUAUACCAUGGCGAAAAAAAAUGUGUAUUAUUUUUUCGCAUUAUAUUAUUGUAUACAUUUUAUUUGUGAACUUGUAAGUUUUAAAAUAUAUUUUUAUCUCUUAAUGUGAUUUAGAUAAGGUUUGAGAUGUUAAGAAAAAACAGGGAUGUAUGUAAUAAUAGGCACACAAUAAUUGAAAAUUCAAUUUAUUUUUAUAUUUGGAAUAGAAUUGAAUGCAAAAAUAAUAUUAUAUAUUAUUUUAUUAAUAAUGUUACUACUUUCAAACAAUGGACUGACUUUGUAAUUAAAUACUUUCAUUAUUAAAUAAGGACAAUUUGAGUUCGCGACGUUCACAGCUAACGUUUAUACCUAAUGAUCGAUUUAAUUUUAUUAAUUUAAUAUUGACUAUUUGUUAUAAUAGUUGGUUAUAUUUAUAAUUUUAAUAAUGUAACGUGUGAAAGCAUGUUAAGAUACCUUAUUAAAUUAUGCGCCCGCGGCAUACUUAUAAUGAUCUAUUAAUUUUUUAUUAUUUUAAUAUUGACAUUAUUUGUUAUAAUAUUGGUUAUGUAAAUAUAUUUUUUUUAAAUUUGGAACCAUGUUAAGGUCAUAAGAAAGAAAGGAUUGUGUGCCCAAGUAAAUUGAAUCAAAUCAACUAACUUCAAUUUAGUGUGAUUCAUAAGUAUUUCUGUGAUAUUUAUGAUUCGCUUCUGCCUUAAUAUUAUAAAUUAGUAACUCUAAAUGAAUAAAGGGCGAUUGAUAACAAGUCUUAGGGCACCUACUGGGCGUCAUACGAGCGCUGACGCUCGAAAGUCUCACAGUGGACUUAACCUAAAUUAGAGUUACUAAUUUAUUACUGAGUUAAUUUUAAUUUGCAGUGUAAUUUUAAGUGUAUAAUUUGGAAUAUUAUACUAAGAAAUAUGAUUAGAUCUCACUAAAAA